ACCGCCUUACAUCUGUAUAUAAGCGAACCACAGACUUCCCACAAACCAGAAACUUCAAGAACCGCACACACACACUCUCCUCGGAAAGGGGAACUCCAUCAACUCGCCUGAUUCCCAGGACAGCCAAUCCCCGCUGCAGCAUUACUGACAAGCAGCUGCUUCCUUAAUCCGAUCAGCCCGGAAAUAAAGCAGGGCACUCGCAGAGGAGACGCAAAACAAGACUCGGAUCUUCGCUUUCAUUUCGAUUCGAGAGAGAGAGAGACACACACAAACAAAUCGCCAAAAUGAUGAUGCAGCUGACAGAAUCCCCCACCCAGAAAAACUCCCUCUUCAACGCCAUGAACCGCUUCAUCGGCGCCGUGAACAACAUGGACCAGACCAUCAUGCUGCCCAGCAUGCUGCGGGACGUCCCGCUGGAGGACCGUGAUUUGAGUCACCUGAAAACCGAAGAGGAAGAGGGCGACAUGUACAGCUACUACCAGCUGCUCAAAUCCAUCCGCCGGGACAUCGAGUGGGGGGUCAGGUGCGCUGCGGCGGACGAGAGGCGGGCGAUCACCCGCAUGAACUCCAACGCCUCCACCUACUCAUCAUCAUCGUCAUCGUUCUCAUCAGCAUCUUCAUCGUCCUCGAUGUCAUCCGAGGAGGAAGACGAGGAGGACGAGGAUCUGGAGAAGCAGUUCCAGUUCCACCUGACAGGGCUGCAAGGGGUGCUGUCCAAGCUCACGCUGCAGGCGAACUCCGUCACCAAGCGCUACAAGGAGGAGAUUGGAAUCUGAGGAUGGGGGGCCAAUACAUCUUUAAUUACUCUGGCUGAAAAGUUUCCUCUAAAACGGCCUCAUUUUGCUGCUGCUGUCACUACUGAUGAAAUACAAGGACAUACAUUUGAAUGGUAGAGAAAUAAGGCAGCUCCUUUCUCUCUUUUUGGCCUACAUGGUGUUGGUCUGCUCUGUGGUAUUGACUGUAGAUGUGUUGAUCCUUCAGAAAGCUGUCAUGUACUAACACCAAACUUACAUUUUUGCACUCCAAAGUGGUGUACAUGUCGUGUAUUCUGCUCCUAUGAGACACAUAUGAUACAUAUUUAUACCUUUAUUUAAUGUAAUUUAUUACCUUACCUCAUUCUGUACGUCUGAGAGCCGGAUGUUAUUUCAAAGUUAAGAGAAGAAGAAGAGGACUGCAUGAACCGCGGGGACCACUCGUCUGAACCGACCCUCCGAGAGGGAAUACUGACAGAAGAUUCAGCUUCCUGUCCGUGCUGCUGUUGAUGUCAGUGUGUUCAGAUCUAUGAGUCCUUGUGUGAUUUGUCCUGCUUCUGUAAUGUAAUGUGUAUAUGUUUUUUUUUUUUUUAAAUGUGCUGGCAAUGGAAGGAGGCAGACGCUUAGUGUAGUCGCCGGUGAUCUCCUAAUGUCCUACAUGGUCAAUGAACCAGAAAUCAUCUGCAUAGAGGAUAAUGAGAUAAAGAUGCUUUUGUUGCUGUUUUUAUCAUUUAUUUGCUAUUCUCAUGGUAAUAUGGCGAUGUCCAUCUGUCGAUCAAACUAUUGCUUUUGUAUGCACCUUUCUGCAACAUUUUUAUACUGGUAUUUUUUUCAAAAUAAACUUUUGUACAACCUGA